CCGCCGGUGCUGGGAGGAUCGGCGGGGUCUGCCUCCGGCCGUCGUCGCCGGGGCUGAAGUUGGCUCCGUGAGGGAGUCCUAGGGGGGGUCAGAGGGGGUUAGAUCGGACGAGAUGAACCGCAUAAAUUCCUUCGCCGCCACCUCCGCUGACGCUGCUGCUAACCCUAGGACUACUUCUUCUUUUAUGUUGCCUCUCUCUCACCCGACCUUUACUAGUAUUCUUCUCGUCGACAACGUAGUAGAUUAUCUUCAGAAGUUCCUGCAUUAGCUUAGUGUAAAUACUAGACUCGUGGGCUUUAGUUUGCUAGAAGGAAUUAGUCUCUGUUUGGCGUUCAUCUCUACUGGAAACAAUGGCUGCGAUGAACGAAAAGGUGUUGGCUAAAUGCGGAAAGAACGCAGCUAGCCUCAAGAGGAAGCGGGACUGCCCCGCUGCAAACCAUGCUGAUGCCGGCAACACCUCUCAAGUGCAUCAGCGUACUGCUGGAAACUCUGAUAUCAGGUUGUAUGUUGGUGAAGAUCGCAAGGCGAACAUCGCGUGCCACUUAAACAGGCAGAUUUUGCAGGGCUAUCAGAACUUCAUGGCUAGUUCUGCCCCCAAGCGUAUCCUGCUCCGCCAAGGUGGCAACUGGAAAGAAUUUCCAGACAAAAUUGUCAAGCUGGCCCAGGCUGAUUUCAAGACAAAGAAGGCCAUCACAGAACUUGCAUAUGAGAAGCGGCUCUACUUGCUCGACUUUGUCCACAUGACAUUCAUAGACUCCAAGUCUGGGCUUCAGAGGCCGAUAGCUUGGAUUGAUGAUGCUGGAAGGCGCUACUUCCCAGAAGUAUUUGUUGAAGAUCAGGUCUUAUAUAGGAGGAAGGAUCUUGGCAACGGGAAUCACGUCUAUGUUAAAGCUGAGCCUAAUGGGACACGUGAAAUAAAUGACCAGUUCGGAGCAGCGGAGAGCUCUGCUGAAAGCUCCAACUUUGAGUCUAGUACUGAAGAAGUUUCCAGUGCAAAGAGAAUUAGAUCUGUGAAGAGUAUCAUCCAGAAGAAAGUUGUGGAAGUUGGAGAAAAUGUUGGUGAAAAUGAACCGAUGCCUACAGCCUUUAGUUCUCAACCACAGCAAGAUAAGCUGGGUGGGCAGUCACAACAUGGAGUUGUGCAGACACUGUUGAUGCAGGGAAUGGGCAAUGUUAUUGGUUCAAAGGACAUUGUCGGUAUCUACAGAACGCCUCUGGUGAAUAAUUGUAGAGAAGAACGUUUUGGUCUCUUCCAAAAACAGAUAAAGGCCACUACACGUCAGCAUGGUAAUGCAAAUGUGCGUUAUGCCUGGCUUCCUUGCUCGAAAGAAGUUGUGGAUGAAAUGAUGCUGACUGGCACCUUGCAAGUUAAGAAGCCCACUAAGUGUCCACCCUAUGGAACUGGCAUAGUCCUUGCACCAGCUAAUUGCUCCAUUAACUGUGUGAAUUACUCUGAUGUUGAUGAAAAUGGCAUUGUCCAUAUGAUGUUGUGCCGUGUUGUUAUGGGGAACGUAGAAAUAGUUCGCCAUGGAUCUAAGCAGCACCAGCCUAGUAGCGAGUAUUUUGAUAGCGGUGUAGAUGACCUAAAAAACCCGCAGCAUUACAUUGUAUGGGAUAUGAAUCUGAAUAGUCAUGUCUAUUCUGAAUUUGUAGUCACCAUCAAAAUGCCUUCUAAAGCCAAAGAUUCCCUCUUCACACAAGAAGAUUGUCAAGAUUCGUCUGAUGUUUCAAUGGUGUUGAGUCCCAGUUCGCCGGACAGUGUAUCACAGGACAUGAACCUUGAGGCAUCUCCAGCAUUGGGUGGUCAAUGUGCCCCCAUGUUAGGAGGUUCAAUGGCAAAAGCUCCAAGUACACCUUGGAUGCCUUUCUCCAUGUUAUUUGCAGCUAUUUCAACCAAAGUUCCUCGCGAGAAUAUGGACAUGAUCAAUAACUGUUAUGAAGAAUUCAAGACCAAGAAAAUAAGCCGAGUCGAUCUAGUGAAGAGGCUAAGGCAUAUAGUAGGUGACAGAAUGCUGGUAUCCACAAUAAUUCGGCUCCAAGAUAAGUUACCUCCGGUGGUCAGGCGUGAAGCACCCAAUGUACCAGCCAAGCUUGUGGCCGAGCCACGAGAUCAGUGAUCAUUGGUGAAAGAGAUAAGGAACUGGUCGACUUCGACGAUUACCCAGAACCAGGAGGCCAUGAAACAAAUGAUGUCUUCUGAGUUGGUUGUGUCUGUCUAUGCUUAUGCUGCUCUGUUUUUCUGUUUUAGUUGCAACAAGGAAACUGUUCGAGUAUACUUGUGAACGUAAGGUUGUUAAAUAGGAAAAAGGCUCCUUGUUUACCGUUCUGUUUUGUUUUAUCCAGACAACAUUGAGUUUAGUUAAUAAUUGGCAUUUUUGUUAACUUAUACAGCUGCGAGAUUAAUAUCUUGCGCUGCGCUUAUAUUUCUUCAUGCGUGUACGCCUCAUCUGCAGAUGCAGUUUGAGCUCAGAAA